GCGGAGCCUGGAGUGGGGUCUGCCCAGUCAUCGGAGGCAGCAGGCAGACCAUGGUGGGAGGGUUGACAGGUUGCUAUCACUUUAUGAGGCUGCAGCCCAGAGUGAAUCUGUUUUCAGCAGAUCGAAGAUCGAGACCAACUCAAGAUCUCCAUCUCUCUCUCACCGCGAGGACCCUGCGCCUCCCGUGACAGGCUCUGUGGGAGCGGCUGCAGAGCCUCGCCCACUUCAAUUCCCACCCUCUCUAUCCUCUCAGUCCUUGAAGAAAAGCAGUGCCUGGCACAUUCCUGGAGGACCUCGGACACAGAAGAGGAAAGGGAGCAGGCGCAGGGGCACUAGAAAGGCAUUAUGCGCCCCCCAGGAGCAGCGUCGGCGCCCACCCUCUGAGGCUGCAGCCUCAGUUCGCCAUUGUGAGCCACCGCCGGGGGAGCCAGACCACGCUGCCCUUCCCGGGGGUCCCUGUCCGCGCGGCGAUGUGGCACCUGCCCACGAGGACGCGCGGUGGCUGCCGCCUGCUGCCUCUGCUUUGGCUCUUUGUGCUGCUCGAGGAUGCUACAGCUUUCCAUGUAACCGUCCAAGAUGAUAACAACAUCGUUGUCUCUUUGGAAUCUUCAGACAUCACGAAUCCAUCAUCUGUUUAUGUUGUGAAGAUAACUGGUGAAUCUAAAAAUUACUUUUUUGAAUUUGAAGAAUUCAAUAGCACUUUGCCUCCUCCUAUUGUCUUUAAGGCCAAUUAUCAUGGACUUUAUUAUAUAAUCACUCUAGUCGUGGUAAAUGGAAAUGUGGUGACCAAGCCAUCUCGAUCAAUCACAGUUUUAACAAAACCUCUACCUGUAACCAGUGUUUCAAUAUAUGAUUAUAAACCUUCUCCUGAAACAGGAGUCCUAUUUGAGAUUCAUUAUCCAGAAAAAUAUAACGUUUUCACAAGAGUAAACAUAAGCUACUGGGAAGGGAAAGACUUCCGGACGAUGCUGUAUAAAGAUUUCUUUAAAGGAAAAACAGUAUUCAAUCACUGGCUGCCAGGAAUAUGUUACAGUAAUAUCACUUUCCAGCUGGUAUCUGAGGCAACUUUUAAUAAAAGCACUCUAGUGGAGUACAGUGGUGUCAGUCAUGAACCUAAACAGCAUAGAACUGCCCCUUAUCCACCUCGAAACAUUUCAGUGCGUAUUGUGAACUUGAACAAAAGUAAUUGGGAAGAACAGAGUGGCAGUUUCCCAGAGGAAUCAUUCUUGAGAUCCCAAGACCCAUUGGGAAAAGAUAAGCUCUUCCAUUUUACUGAGGAAACCCCUGAAAUACCCUCUGGCAACGUUUCUUCUGGUUGGCCUGAUUUUAAUAGCAGUGACUAUGAAACUACAUCUCAACCAUACUGGUGGGACAGUGCAUCUGCAACUCCUGAAAGCGAAGAUGAAUUUGUUGGUGUCCUUCUCACCGAAUACGAAAAUAAUAACACACUCGGUGCAACAAAGAAACCCACAUCAGGCUUUCUCACUUUUCCCCCUGUUCAAAUGAUACUGAACUGGUUACCACCAAAGCCACCCACUGCUUUUGAUGGGUUUCACAUUUACAUAGAAAGAGAAGAAAAUUUCACUGAGUAUUUGACAGUGGAUGAAGAUGCACAUGAAUUUGUUGCUGAGCUGAAGGAGCCUGGGAAGUACAAGUUGUCCGUGACCACUUUUAGUUCCUCGGGAUCUUGUGAAACUCGAAAGAGUCAGUCAGCAAAGUCACUCAGCUUUUAUAUCAGUCCUUCAGGAGAGUGGAUUGAAGAGUUGACUGAGAAGCCUCAGCAUGUAAGUGUCCACAUUUUAAGCUCAACCACUGCCUUGAUGUCCUGGACGUCUUCCCAAGAGAACUACAACAGCACAAUUGUGUCUGUGGUGUCACUGACCUGCCAGAAGCAAAAAGAGAGUCAGAGACUUGAAAAGCAGUACUGCACUCAGGUGAACUCAAGCAAACCUAUCAUUGAAAAUUUGGUUCCUGGUGCCCAGUACCAAGUUGUCAUAUACCUAAGAAAAGGACCUUUGAUUGGACCACCUUCAGAUCCUGUGACAUUUGCAAUUGUUCCCACAGGAAUAAAAGAUUUAAUGCUCUAUCCCUUGGGCCCUACAGCAGUGGUUCUGAGCUGGACCAGACCUUACUUAGGAGUGUUCAGAAAAUAUGUGGUUGAAAUGUUUUAUUUCAACCCGGCAACAAUGACAUCAGAGUGGACAACUUACUACGAAAUAGCAGCAACUGUCUCCUUAACUUCAUCAGUGAGAAUAGCUAAUUUGCUGCCGGCAUGGUACUACAACUUUCGUGUUACCAUGGUGACAUGGGGAGACCCAGAAUUGAGCUGUUGUGACAGUUCCACCAUAAGUUUUAUAACAGCUCCAGUGGCUCCAGAAAUCACUUCUGUGGAAUAUUUUAACAGCCUUUUGUAUAUCAGCUGGACAUACGGGGAUGACACCACUGACCUCUCCCAUUCUAGAAUGCUACACUGGAUGGUUGUUGCAGAAGGAAAGAAGAAGAUUAAAAAGAGCGUAACACGAAAUGUCAUGACUGCAAUUCUGAGCCUGCCCGCAGGAGACAUCUACAACCUGUCAGUCACUGCUUGUACCGAAAGAGGCAGUAACACUUCCAUGCUCCACCUUGUCAAGCUAGAACCAGCUCCUCCAAAAUCACUGUUUGCAGUAAAUAAAACCCAGACUUCAGUGACUUUGCUGUGGGUGGAAGAGGGCAUAGCUGACUUUUUCCAAGUUGUCUGUCAACAAGUUGGCUCCAGUCAGAAAACCAAACUACAGGAACCAAUUUCUGUUUAUUCCCAUGUUGUGACCAUCUCCAGUCUUCUUCCUGCCACAGCCUACAACUGUAGUGUCACCAGCUUUAGCCACGACAGCCCCAGCAUCCCUACAUUCAUAGCUGUCUCAACAAUGGUUACAGAGGUGAAUCCCAAUGUGGUAGUAAUCUCAGUGCUGGCCAUCCUUAGCACACUUUUAAUUGGACUGCUGCUGGUGACCCUUGUCAUUCUUAGGAAGAAACAUCUACAGAUGGCCAGGGAAUGUGGAGCUGGGACAUUUGUCAAUUUUGCAUCCUUAGAGAGGGAUGGAAAGCUUCCGUACAAUUGGCGUAGGAGUAUAUUUGCUUUCUUAACCCUGCUACCCUCAUGUCUUUGGACUGACUAUCUUUUGGCAUUUUAUAUUAAUCCUUGGAGUAAAAAUGGCUUAAAGAAGAGGAAAAUGACUAACCCCGUUCAACUGGAUGACUUUGAUGCCUACAUCAAGGAUAUGGCCAAAGAUUCUGACUACAAAUUUUCUCUUCAGUUUGAGGAAUUAAAACUGAUUGGACUGGAUAUUCCACACUUUGCUGCCGAUCUUCCACUGAACCGAUGUAAAAACCGAUACACAAACAUCCUACCAUAUGACUUUAGUCGGGUAAGAUUAGUAUCCAUGAAUGAAGAGGAAGGUGCAGACUACAUAAAUGCCAACUAUAUUCCUGGAUAUAACUCACCCCAGGAGUAUAUUGCCACUCAGGGACCACUGCCGGAAACCAGAAACGACUUUUGGAAGAUGGUCCUACAACAGAAGUCUCAGAUCAUUGUCAUGCUCACUCAGUGUAAUGAGAAAAGGAGAGUGAAAUGUGACCAUUACUGGCCUUUCACGGAAGAGCCCAUAGCCUAUGGGGACAUCACUGUGGAGAUGAUCUCUGAGGAGGAACAGGAUGAUUGGGCAUGCAGACAUUUCCGGAUCUGCUAUGCUGAUGAGAUGCAAGAUGUGAUGCAUUUCAACUAUACUGCGUGGCCUGAUCAUGGUGUACCCACGGCAAAUGCCGCAGAAAGUAUCCUGCAGUUUGUAUACAUGGUCCGACAGCAAGCCACCAAGAGCAAAGGCCCCAUGAUCAUACACUGCAGCGCUGGAGUGGGACGGACAGGAACGUUCAUUGCCCUGGACAGGCUCUUGCAGCACAUUCGGGAUCACGAGUUUGUAGACAUCCUAGGGCUGGUGUCAGAAAUGAGGUCAUACCGGAUGUCUAUGGUGCAGACAGAGGAACAGUAUAUUUUUAUCCAUCAAUGUGUACAACUGAUGUGGAUGAAGAAGAAGCAGCAGUUCUGUAUCAGUGAUGUCAUAUAUGAGAAUGUCAGCAAGUCCUAGUUCAGAGUUUGGAGUGGUGAGAACCUCAUGUGUACCCAUUCUCCCUUGCUUCCGGAUUUUGGGGGCCGAGCCUGUUAGCCAUUUUGCCAACUAGGGCCCCUACGCUGUAAUAUGUGGCCAGGAGAUAGUUUAUCUCAGAAGAAGCACCGGGAAGACGUAGCCUUAAAGAGCCUACAGUGUCUUUUGGACUCUUUCACUUCUGGAUAUUUUAUAAUGGACUGAAUUCAAUUGAACACUACAGAGGUCAAGAUGCUCUCCAAAGGGCAGGAAGUAUCUAGCACUUCCUAAGAGUUUAGUUGGCACUUUGCUGGUUGGGUUGGGCUAAGUUUUGUGUUUUGUUUGAUUUUAGUGCAAUAAUUUCUGUACGUGUGUGAUCUAUAUCAGGAAGUAGAUUUGUUUUCUGCCCAUACCAUUGAUCAAACCCAUAGCCCAGGAAGGAUCAGGCAUUGUUAAUAUCCAAUUAUACCUCAUUGCUUAAGAGAGAGAGUGAAAGGCAUGGUCACACAUGAAGAAAUGGUAAUUCUAUCUAUUCCAAGGACAUAGAACCAGCAAUAUUUGCAUCCCACUAUUAAGGAUCAGGAGCAAGGAGUGGAGAUAGAAGAGGAAGAGAGAUGUCCUUCCUACAGACGUAUUGUGUAUCUUUUCUCUGUUCCAAAUAUAAAACUUAACUUCAAAGUAGAGUAGAAAAAAAUUUCCAUCUUAAUUAUUUUAGUUCUUAAUGGUUUUUUCCUUAUUAACAGUUGGGUGUCUUUUCCUUGGCCCUUUUGGACUAAUGCCACUGUCCAGGUUCUUCUGUCUACAAGCCUGAUAUAUGAUUCCAAAAGUUUGAAGUCUGACUCUUUACACUCUGUUGCUGUCUGAGCAAACUUGGUGCCUAGACUUUGCAUUCCUUUUUCUGUUCAUCUGCAUCCAUGUGAGAGCUAUUUCCUCAAAAACUAUAGGCUGUGGAAACGCAUAAUCCUUCCUUCAGAGAGUUGGGAGUUUAUGAAGUUACAGCAAUGAAUUGCAGCAUGCUAGGACAAUUCUUUGGCUACCGUUUUUGUAAUACUGUCAAGAAUUUCUAUGGACUCCAAUAGAGAUUUCCUUUUGUUUUGUUUCCUUUUUGGUUAUCAGUUUCAUUUUUAACCAGUGUAAGUAGUAACAUUUUAUUCUUUGGAUUUUGUAUAAUUACAGUACAUGAUUGUGUAUUGUGACAUGAAUGCUGUCAACAUGGACAUUGAUGGCACUGUGAAGCCUGGUACUCCAUGUCACUUCCUUAGAAAUAAGAAGUGAUGGUAUGGGUAUAAAGGUCAACAUUUUGAGUUGAAAGUAAACACAAGCUAGCAGCUAGCUGCUUCUUUGUGGCAAUGUGGCU